AAACGAUAUCUAGACAUAGGGAAUACAAAUGAGGAUUGUAUUUGAUUGGUAAAAAGUGUAAGUGAUACCGCGUGAUGGUCACUGUUUGUCGAGGGCUGGGAGUUCGUUAUAUCUCUGUGUUCCUCUCUUUACAGUGUAAGUGAUACUGCGUGAUGGUCACUGCAUUUGUCGAGGGCUGGGAUUUUGUUCAGAUUCUUGGAGAAGGAGCAUAUGGCGAAGUUAAGCUAGCUGUCAAUAAUGAGACUCAGGAGGCUGUGGCGGUCAAGAUUAUUAACCUCGACAGGGCCUCAACAGCUGAGGACAACAUCCGAAAGGAGGUUUGUGUGCAUCGGAUGCUCACCCACGAACGCAUCAUCAAGUUUUACGGCUUUCGGAAAGAUGGACGUGUUCAGUACUUGUUCCUCGAAUACGCCACCGGUGGUGAGCUCUUUGACAGAAUAGAACCCGAUGUUGGAAUGCCUCAGCUGGAUGCUCAGAAAUAUUUCAAACAACUUGUGUCAGGAGUCGAUUACUUGCACUCAAGGGGCGUAACCCAUCGUGAUUUGAAACCUGAAAAUCUCUUGCUUGAUGAUGAUGACAAUCUGAAGAUCUCCGACUUCGGUCUGGCGACCGUGUUCCGUCACCAGGGCAAGGAGCGGCUGCUGGAGCGGUGCUGUGGCACCGUCCCCUACGUGGCGCCUGAGGUCUUCAGUCGACGCCCGUACCACGCCGUGCCCGCUGAUCUGUGGUCGUGUGCUAUAAUACUCGUCGCUCUUCUCGCAGGAGAACUUCCGUGGGACGAGCCGACGUACGGGUGUCGUGAAUACUGUGAUUGGAAGGACUGCAAGAUAACGCUGUCUCCGUGGAAGAAAAUCGACAAUCUGGCAUUGUCGUUGCUGAGACGAAUGCUGGUAGAGAAUUCCAGCAAGCGUUCCACAAUUGAGCAGAUAAAGAAACAUCAGUGGUUUAACAAAAGCUUUCACCGGAGAAAAGGUUUUGGCAGAUUUUCACCCAGCUCUCCAUCCAAUUCCCCGACUGGUACCGGCCCAUUCAAGAGACACUGCUCAAGAUACGAAUCCAGUCUAGCAUCAUCGCCAGGCACGGUAUCGUGCUCCCAGCCUGAGCCGCGCCACCGAACGGACCGACAGACGGACCCAGCGUCACCCGUGUCGGACGAGCUCGGACAGUUGAUGAGUUUCUCGCAGCCCGUGCAGGCCGACAACAUGCUGCUGUGUAGCCAGAUGCAGGGCACGCCGGGCAGCUCGCAGACACCGAUGCAGAAACUGGUUCGUAGAAUGACGCGUUUCUUCGUGACGACGGACCGUGAUGACACCAUCAGGGAAAUGAACAAAGUGUUUGACACACUGGGUUACACAUUUAAGAAGAACUCACCAAAUAUGCUGACGAUGUCGACGACAGACAAGAGAAACAUGCCGCUCGUCUUCAAAGCCAGCCUCAUGGAGAUGGGAGAGAACCUUCUCGUCGACUUCAGAUUGUCCAAGGGCGAUGGUUUGGAGUUCAAGCGUCGUUUCAUCAGGAUCAAAGAAGGAAUGAAGAGCGUUGUCAGUAAGGUGCCUCCGAUGUGGCCGCUGUUGCCGUCACGGUGAUGUUUGGUGGCGGAAGUACCUUCGUACAAACUGUCUAGCUGGCUGGAGGGUGUAGACUAAACACGGUGUCGGAAAUAUGUUCGUACAGACCAUCCCGCUGGCUGGAGUGUAGACUGAAGACGGUGUCGAAAGUAUCUUCGUACAGACCAGCACGCUGGUUGGAGUGUGUAGACUAACCACAAAUGGAUCGAUAGGUUUUAUACAGUAUGUUAUACACUUGAUGUGGGUGCUGCUUGCAUUUGUCGAUGACCAAAGCAAGUUGGUGUUAAGGUAAAAUAAUUUUUUGUUUUGUUAAUUGGAGCAGGUUUCUUUUGAAGCAGGCCUGUCAUGGAUAUGAAGGGCUUUUCGAGCACAGUGGAAGAUUGCAUCUAUGAAGAUGUAAGAAAAAAAGUAAACCUCCACUGAGGGGAUAUGAGGCAGAGUUUCUAGAAUUUUUAUAAAAUCUACUAGCCGUAGAAUCGGUGAUUAAAAAGAUUUCCGAGCCACAAAUAAAAAUUCACUAGCCCUACUUUAGUAAAUUUAAUUUUACUAAUGGGAAUAAUUGGAUAUAUGUCACCUAAAGAUGGAAAUAGAGCUUAAAAACUUAGAUAUGGGGUGGGGGGACAGGAUAUUCUUAUUUACAAAAUAUAUUUAAAUGCAUUUGACAACUUUUUUUCACUAGCCAUUGGGCAAGGAGAUAGUAGUUAUUUACUCGCCCAACGUUGAAUAUCACUAGCCAUGGGAGUGGUACUAACAUAAUCUAGAAGCCCUGUGAGGAUAUGGUCAGGGCUACGGAAUUGCAUUCGCCUGCUCGCCCGAAACGGUAAAAAAAACAUAACAUGCAAAUCAAGAUGAAAACCACUAGCCUGUCGGGCGAAUCAAUAUAAAACAUACUAGCCUGUCGGGCGAAUCAAUAUUAAAACCACUCGCCUGUCGGGCGAAUCAAUAUAAAAACCACUAGCCUGUCUGGCGAAUCAAUAUAAAAACCACUAGCCUGUCGGGCGAAUCAAUAUAAAAACCACUAGCCUGUGGCGAAUCAAUAUAAAAACCACUAGCCUGUCGGGCGAAUCAAUAUAAAAACCACUAGCCUGUCUGGCGAAUCAAUAUAAAAACCACUAGACUGUCGGGAGACUCACAAUUUUGAGUAAAACUCCUGACGAAUGGUUUGUUUUAUUUGUGGCAAAUGAAAGUGGUCAUAAGAUUUAAGGAACAAUCUCGGGCUAGUGAUAAUAUCUGCGGGCUAGUGGAUUUUUUUAUUUAGUAGCCCGGCUGGCUAUAUAAAAAAAAAGAAGUCUAAUUCCUGUAUGGUGGUCUAUCAAUUGAGCUGAUUGGGAAAUUCCUGUUGGCUUCUUCCAGUAAUUUUAUAUCGACACCACUACAAAGGGAGAUGUAUGAUUACAAAUUGUGUGAAGAGUAGGCAGCAAUGACGGCUUAGUAGCCGCUGGAAAUCUCAGCCUACCAAGGGACAUUUUGGUGGGUUUUUUAUUUUUAUUAUUAUUUAUUUUAAUGGGUAGUGUCCAAAAUGUCGAUAUUGAAAGUAGACGUGGAAUGUAGAAAAUUUGUGACUUGUUCAGGAGGGUUGGAGCGGGAAUGGUUUUUCAGCUGAGUGUUAAGAUUAAUUAAUGAAUGCAUUAAUUAAUGAAUUAUUAACGUCACCCCAACACAAAGUAUGAUACAUUUAUAUGUGAUAUGAUAAAAGAUGUUGGUUCCAUUUCAAA